AUGUCUGAGAUUCCUAAGAAGCAGACCCAAACCGCCCCCACGCCUCAAAAUACGCCCUCCAACAAUGCUCCCAUUUCAUCUCACGCCCAGCAGCCUGGUGUAGGCACAAUCAAAGAGGAGGAGUUUGACCGUAACGCAGCCGCCUCAAUCUUCGCCCAAAAUCCCAAGCUCGUUCAAAUGAUUCAAGGCAAACUCGGUUCCCUCGUCGGUCGUUCUUCAGGCUACGUCGAGUCCCUCCCUGCUCCUGUGCGCCGUCGCGUUGCAGGCCUUAAGGGCGUGCAGAAGGAGCACUCAAAGCUCGAGGCCGAGUUCCAGGAAGAGGUGUUGGAGCUAGAGAAGAAAUACUUCGCCAAAUUUACUCCCCUCUACCAAAAGCGAGCCACCAUCGUCAAUGGUGCUGCUGAGCCAACGGAGGCCGAGAUCCAAGCCGGAGAGGAAGAUGACGAGGAGCAGAACGAGCCUGUUGAGAAGUCAGAGGAUACAUCCGACGUUAAGGGCAUUCCCGAGUUUUGGCUGUCUGCAAUGAAGAAUCAAGUUUCUCUCGCUGAGAUGAUUACCGACAGAGAUGAGGCUGCUCUCAAGGAUCUAACCGACGUCCGCAUGGAGUAUCUUGACAAGCCCGGCUUCCGUUUGAUCUUCGAGUUCGCCGAAAAUGAGUUCUUCUCCAACAAGCUUAUCACAAAGACCUACUUUUAUCAAAAUGAGAGUGGCUACGGAGGAGAUUUUAUCUACGAUCAUGCCGAGGGCGACAAAAUCGACUGGAAGGCUGGCAAAGACUUGACCGUGAGAAUCGAGAGCAAGAAGCAGCGCAACAAAAACACUAAGCAAACCCGGGUUGUCAAGAAGACGGUGCCCACCGAGUCCUUCUUCAACUUCUUCUCGCCACCGAAGGCCCCAACUGACGACGACGACGAUGAUGCCGCCAGUGACAUCGAGGAGCGGUUGGAACUGGACUACCAAUUGGGAGAGGACAUUAAGGAGAAGUUAAUUCCCCGUGCUAUCGAUUGGUUUACUGGAGAAGCUCUUCAGUUCGAGGAGUUGGAUGAUAUGGAGGAGGGUGACUUUGAGGAUGAGGACGAUGAUGAGGACGACAUCAGUGAGGAUCACGACGAUGAUGAUGAGUCGGACGAGGAUGACGACCCCGCGAAACCCAAGCAAGAUGCCGCUGAGUGCAAGCAAAGCUGA